CUGAAACUGUAGCGAAAGAACAAGAAUUGAGUGCAGAGAAUUCUAUUGGAUUAUACUAGCUCGAGAAAAAGGUAUUGGAUAUUGGAAUAUCGUACCGCUGAAGGUAAUCAUUUAGCGCACGAUACUAAUUCACGAGGAAUGCGUAACUCCUCAUUUUUCUUGAAGCUUUUUGGAGUAUCAAGAGGAGUUUUAUAUCGAAAUUUUAUUCCUGUCAGGUCUAGGUCAACCUUGAACUCAGAAGAUGUAGGCAUUUUACAUUCUAUCAGUGUAUGCUUUCCAGAAGAUGCGGUAUUUACAGUGGGGUGUUUUUAUUGGUUUCACUGGGUUGGUCACUGCAGGUUCAGUUUAUAUGACGAGAGAUCUCAUGAAGGUCAAAGAGUUAUCAAAGGAUUCUUACGGUAUGCCAUCCAUCGGUGGAGAUUUCAAUUUGAUUGAUCAUAAUGGGAACCCAUGUACACUAGCCAAUUUUCGCGGAAAGUGGGUUCUGUUGUAUUUUGGGUUUUGUCGAUGUCCAGAUAUAUGUCCAGAACAAAUAGAAAGACUUGUGGAAGUGUUUGAUAGGAUAAUGCUUGUUGAAAAACCCAAGUAUCCCUUAGUGCCUGUAUUCAUGACUGUCGACAGCGAACGUGAUACUCCAGACAUUUUAGCCAAAUACGUUAAAGAAUAUUCACCACAUUUGAUUGGUCUGACUGGUACUAAAGAAGAAAUUGAUAAGGCUGCUAAACUGUAUCGUAUUUAUUAUAGCGCAGGCCCUAAAGAUGUUGAUGGCGAUUAUAUUGUUGACCACACUAUUGUAAUGUAUUUACUGGACCCGAAAGGACGAUUUACUGAAUAUUAUGGCCAAGUCAAACCAGUUCAGGAUAUAGUACGAAAUAUUGUAGACAAAAUGAACGCAUACAAGGAUUAACGCCUCGUAUGUAUACAUAUUCACAUAUGUACAGUCGAUUUAUAUUCUUUUAUUGUGUAAACUGUUCAUUUCAAGUCAGAUAUUGUGUACCCAUUUUGUACAAUAUUAUUUCUCUGUAGUCAGUAUAUAUUUACGGAUAGAUUUCUCUUGUUAUUAUGAUUAUUUACUACUUGAGAAAGUUGUGUAAUUAGUCUGAUCCAUCUCUGUACACUAAAUCAAACUCCUGCUGUUUUUAAUAGUAGGGUUGGCAAUAUUGUUUAUAUUAUUUGCUCCAGAUUUUAUCAAAAUUUUGUACAGCUAACGGUAGUGAAAGUGAUCGUUCCAUGUUCAUGUAAACUGCAAUUAUUCAAAUCCUGAUACUGAUAAAUAUAGGUCAGAAUCAACACAUAACGUCUGUAGUUUCAACGUUUUGUUGUGCUGAUUUCAUCAUUGAUAAUAUAGGUCCAAGUGGGAAAUUCGAUUUCUGUAUCUUUGGUAGGUCAUACAAAUAAAAC